UUGGGCGAGCCUGCAGAAACCACUCUCACCUGAACUCCUGAAGCAAUGGCCAUGAGGGCUCUUCCGCUGACCCCUUCCAAGACCUCCUCGUUUGGAGCUCACCAAAUCAGGCCGAGCAGUGGCAACCUCAGAUCAGUUAGAGCUUAUGCAAAGGGAAAUGAGGAGGAGGGCAACAAGCAGUCCCUAUUCGGAAGCAUCACCGAGGCGCUGGACUUCUCGCAAGUCCGGUCGGAGAAGGAUGCCGAGCUGCUGUAUGAGGCCAGGGAGUCCACCAAAGGUGGAGGGAGGAUGACGAGGGAACAGUACGGAGCACUGAGGCGGAAGAUUGGUGGCACCUACCAGGAUUUCUUCAAGUCAUAUGUUGAUGUCGAUGGGCAAUACGUGGAGGAAGGUUGGGUCGAUAAGACCUGCAAGAUCUGCAAGAAGGACACAAGGGGGGAGCCAAGACAGGUUGACAAACUAGGAAGAUAUGCUCAUGUGGCAUGCUUGGAGAACCCAAAACCGAUGAACUUCUUUGCCAAAAUCUUCGCCAGAUGAACUAUGUAAUUGUUUCACUCAUGGUUAGAUGCAAUAGGUAGCGUUCUGGCUUCAAAGGGCCAAAGUUUCGUUGUGCACAUUUUUUUUUCCAAAUGAAUUGGUAUAUACUGAGAAUCAGCGCAUUCCAUAGUUCACAAUUUCUUCAGUGUAUUCAAGUAGAUCAUGAACGACGCCAUGACCCAGAAAGAUCAGAACAUACUACUGAAAAUGAAAAUGUUUAUAUAGUAGCAUAAGACUUUACAACAAGUUA